GUCAGUGGCAUGUGAUCUCAGUAGAUGAACUGGAGUCCAGUAUCAGUGUUAAGAUCAGUAAGGAAGCUGUGAUGAGCAUCAACAGCCCUGAGAGUCUCUUUACGUCCGUUAACGGGAAACUGGAGACCAAGGUGUACAUUGCAGGGCUGCCCAACCGCACCGACAGCGUCAUCAAACCGAUUAACCCUCGUCUGGACGGCUGUAUCCGCGGCUGGAACCUGAUGAACCAAGGGGCGUCUGGGGUGAAAGAGGUUAUCCAGGAGAAGGAGAGCAAACACUGUUUCCUGCACGUAGAGAGAGGGACCUACUUCACUGGAGCAGGACUGGCUCACUUCAACAUAGACUACAGUGAGUCGGGGAGCUGGAGGGUUGAUCUGAAGAUAAGUAUCCGUCCGUCCAGCAGCACAGGGGUUCUCUUCGCUCUGGUCGUCAACGAUACCGUCCCCCUGUCUGUCGCGCGUGGUUACGCAAGGACCUGA